AUGUAUGCAGCACUCAAUUUGUUGAAGGAUGUGCAAGUUGAUGCGAUAAUCGGUCCUCAAACAUCUGCACAAGCAAACUUUGUAAUCGGUCUUGGAGACGCAGCACAUGUGUCGAUCAUUUCUUUCUCUGUGACAACUCCUUCUUUCUAUCCUAAAGGCUCGUAUUUCAUUCAGACAGCCAUAAACGAUGCUGCUCAAGUUGAUGCUAUUGCAGCCAUAGUUAAGUACUUUAAAUGGUCUCAAGUAGUUCUCAUAUAUGAAGAUUCAGAUUACGGUAUUGGCAUUACUCCUUACUUGGCCAACGGAUUUCAACAAGUAAACGCUCGUGUUUCGUACAGAAGCAUUAUCGCCACAUCAGCAACCGAUGAUUACAUCCUCCUAGAGCUGUACAAGAUGAAAACCAUGCAGACAAGGGUGUUUGUGGUUCAUACUUCGAGCCCUCUUGCUUCUAGAAUCUUCUUGAAAGCAAAGGAAGCAGAAAUGAUUAGUGAAGGCUACGUGUGGAUCGUAACCACGGGGAUCUUGGAGUUCUUUAAUCCAAACGAUUCAAAUGGUGUAGAGUUGAUGCAGGGAGUUCUUGGUGUACGACCCCUUGUUCCAAAAUCGAUUACGCUCGAUUCUACAACUAUAAAGUGGAAAAAGAAGUUUGAAGAUGAUUAUCCACGAGAUCCUCAACCACCAGAGAUUAACAUUUACGGGUUGUGGGCAUACGAUACUUUGUGGGCAUUGGCUACGGCUAUCGAAAAAAUCGGAUUUAGGGAGUCGAGUCAUUUGCAAAACACAAGUGCUUCUAACUCUACCUACAUGUUUACUACAGGAACAUCACAAACAGGGCCACAACUUCGUGCAGCAAUGAACGAAACUAAUUUCGUCGGUCUCUCUGGGAACUUCCAUUUGGUUAACGGGAAACUAGAGUCGUCAUCUUUCCAAAUAGUGAAUAUAAAUGGAACGGAGCUGAGAGAAGUUGGAAUAUGGACGCCACUAUUGCAAAAUUCAAGCCAAACGAACGCGAACAUGACCGGUUUUUCAGGUGAGAAAUUGGACGAUAUUAAAUGGCCCGGAGGAUCGAGGAACGUACCAAAGGGAUGGGAGGUUCCGGUAAGUGGUAAAAAGCUUAGAGUUGGAGUUCCAGCAAAAGCUGGUUUUGAUGAAUUUGUAAAAGUCGAAAAGGAUCCUCAAACAAACAGUAACAAGAUAAGUGGACUGUACAUCGAUUUGUUUGAUUCUGUCAUGGCAGCACUGCCUUACGCAGUCCGAUAUGAAUACAUUCCGUUUGAAAAUUCCGACGGCACAAAUGCUGGGAGCUACGAUGAGUUGGCACGUCAAGUUCUAAAUGGGAAAUUUGAUGCUGCUGUUGGAGACAUAAGCAUCACAACCAGUAGAUCAAAAGAUGUUGACUUCACUCUUCCAGUUGAAGAAGGAGGGGUUACCUGGACACAGAAGGUUCAGUAUGAAUCUGAAACAACAAAAUUCUUGAAGCCCUUCGAACGUAACCUGUGGUUAACUGCCGUAGCCCUGUUCAUUUUCACUGGAUUGUCGUUGUGGUUUCUCGAGCACAGGUUUAACGAAGCUUUCAGAGGUUCCCCGUCAGACCACAUCAGCCUCAUCUUUUACAUCCCCUUCAUGUCAUUAGUGUUUGCCAACAGGGAAAAAAUAGUGAGCAAUUUAGCUCGACUGGUGUUAGCUGUCUGGAUAUUCGUUGUGCUGAUAUUGACGUCAACUUACACGGCAAAUCUUUCUUCUAUAUUAACAGUACCCAAGCCUAUAUAUACUAACAUAACUGUAGCUGAGCUUGUCGAAAACAAAGACAAUGUUGGAUGCCUCGAAGGCUCUUUCAUUAUUGACUACUUGAAAAAUCUGGGAUUCCACGAUUCCAAGAUCAUACGUUAUAGAACCUCAGACGAAUUUGAUAAUGCAUUGACUAAUGGUAGCAUAAAGGCGUUGUGUUCUCGCACUGCUUACACUAAUCUCUUCUUAUCCAAGAACUGUAACAAGUACAUGAAAGUCGGCUUCAAUCUCACCGAGGGCAUUGCCUUUGUAUUCCCCAGAGGGUCACCAUUAGUUGCUGAUGUGUCUCGUGCAAUCGUUAAACUGACAGAUAGCUUAAAAAUUCCCAGAAUAAGGGGACGUUGGAUAAGAGAAUCUGCUUGCGAAGAUCAACCCGGUGAACACUCGACACAAAUCCGCCUGAAAAGUUUCAAAAUACUGUUUGGGAUAACAGUGGGAAUCACAGGGACUUGCAUCUUGGUAUAUCUAGUCUCGUAUUUCUACGGGAACAGAGAUUUUGUUCGGACCACCAUCUCCGAUUCUGGCACAACAACUUGGUCCAAAGUACGUGCAAUUUUCAAGCACUUCGAUCAAAGAGACCCCAGAUAUUUUCCAUCUAAAGAAGACAGCGAAAUUAGUGCAUCGCCAAGUCCACAUGUACAUCACAAUCGUUGUUGCUGUCGUAGCACAGAAUUUCAGGUUCAGUGGGAUCAAGAAACGGCAAGCGAAAAUGGAGCCGAGAGUCCAAAUCCGGACCGCAUAACUGCAGCUGCACAUUAA